AUGCCAUACACAACCCUAUCUAUCGAAGAUAUCGAUAUUCCUCUUUCCGCGCUCCUCGCCCAAAGCAAUGGCAUCGAGAGAGUCAGUGGUAGUGCCAUCAUACUUGGCUUUCGUCCAAAUGAUCCGUCUACGCCCCACAUCUUACUCUGCCAGCGCUCUCCCAAUGGUAUAGAUGACGAUGGAGAGCCGAAAAAGAAUUCCUUUCCUUGGACAUGGGAGACCCCAGGUGGUGGGGCACUCCCGGAAGAUGGGACGAUUUUGGAAACCAUCGUGCGCGAGACUGCUGAGGAAACUGAAUUGGCACUCUGGGCCGCUUCGAGCCGGGUCUACCGUGUCACUUUCUUUCAGAAAGGAAAUUGGAUGGCGAAAUAUUUGGCCAUAGCGAAGACUAGCGAGAAAAUGAAGAGUCAACGUUUGUGGUCCGAUGAACAUGACGGGCCUCAUGGCUCGGAUCAGAAACCAAUCCGGCUGAGGGACGACGAGCAUCUCGACUACGUUUGGGCUACAGAAGAAUAA